ACGUGAACAUGGCUGACAGAACAGAGCUGCAGGCAUUAGUGGAGGAGUUUAUAUCAGCACAGCAGGAGAAAAGCGCCACUGAGAUCUGCACAGGAGUGAAGGAUGGACGGUUCUCUGUACUGAAGCUGGUGGAGGAGCUGGGGUCAAACCUAACGAGUUCUCAGGCUCAGACUCGAGGUCGAGGGGUGCAGCUCCUGUCUCAGGUCCUGCAGAAGAACUACAGUGACCUCUCCGAAAGCGAAGUGAUGGUGCUGGUGGAGUUCUACGAGAACAGGUUGAAGGAUCACUAUGCAAUCACACCACACGUUCUGCACGGACUCAAAGCUCUGGCGAGGUGCAGAGCACUCCCCCAGGGUUCAGCUGUAUCCAUUCUCAAAGCUCUCUUCCAGGAUGUUAAUGUACAGUCUCUGAUGCUGUCCGAGCGCUCGUGCGUCUACAACAUCCUCAUCAGUCUGAUGGAGUCCAGAGAGGAGGAACUGAAGGCUUUGGGUUCAGAUUUGGUGUUUGGGUUCGUGCAGGCUGUAGACGGAGAGAGAGAUCCUCGGAACCUCCUGCUGGCCUUCAAGAUCGCCAGAAACAUCAUCCACAGAGGAUACGAGCUCAAUCAGUUUACAGAGGAGCUGUUUGAGGUCAUGUCCUGUUAUUUUCCCAUCGACUUCACCCCUCCAGCCAACGAUCCACGUGGUAUCACACAGGAGGAACUGAUCCUGGCUCUCCGGGCUGUUCUAACAGGAACUCCACGAUUUGCAGAGUUCCUGCUGCCGCUGCUGAUUGAGAAGCUCGACUCGGACGUGCAGAACUCAAAAGUGGAUUCUCUGCAGACUCUGGCGGCAUGUGGACCUGUGUAUGGACACAAAGAGCUGACCGAGUUCCUCCCGGGUCUCUGGUCGUCCAUACGCAGAGAGGUGUUUCAGACAGCGAGCGAAAAGGUCGAGUCAGCAGGUCUGUCUGCUCUGAGCGCCCUCACUUCCUGCCUGUCUCGCUCGGUCCUCGCGUCUGAUUCGGACGACGUUCUUCAAACAUUCCUGCAGCUCGUCCUCCCAGACUGUCAGCAGCACCUGUAUGAACUUGACCUGAAGCUGCUGUGGCCCAGUGCUAAACUGCUGCAGGCUGCAUGUGGCGCCUCCUACAGGGCCAGUCUGAUAGUGACAGCGGCGGUGCUGCCCCCAUUGUUAGAUCAGUACACGUCCAAAACACAGUGUGCUCAGCGGCGCACUCUGCUGGAGGUGUUGUUUGGUUUCAUCCAGCCCACAGGAAGCAGCCAGCCUGCAGAGGGAGAAGACAGCGUGCUGGUACAGUUCAGAGACUCUUUGUGCUCGGUGGUAUUUUCUGCUCUGACUGAAUCGAAUUCAGCGCUCCAGAUCACCGCCACUAAAGUUCUUACUGCCCUGGGACACCAACAUGGGGUGCUAGCGGAGUCCGACGUGGAUUUAGCAGUGGAUCACUUGACGAGGCUGGUUCUGGAGGAUGAUGAUGCUCAAGUCAGUUCAGCAGUAAUGGAGUGUGCAGGGUCUCUGGCUCGCGUCCACCCGCCCCCCUUCACCUCACGUAUGAUUCCCAAACUGAAGGAAGAGAUUUUUACAGCAUCGAUGGAUAAUGAAGACUCCACCACGCUUCAGACUGGGAGUAGAGGAGGAGUAAGGAGACGCUGCAUGACUGCGCUGGCCUCCAUCUCUUCUCAGAUCAGCUUGGUAGAGCAGAGCGCCCCCAUCCUGCUGCAGGUCCUAACUUCAGCUCACACAGGUGGCUGCACGUUCUCGAUGGAGGAAGUGACCUCGACAUGCUGCAGUCUGUACAAGAUAGCCGGUCACGCCCGACACACCCAGGAGAUCGGACUCUAUUUUCACAAUGUCGUGGUUCCUCGUCUGCUGGGUCUGGCCUUACAGGCAGCUCUGCAGAGUAACGAUCAGACUCAAUCCAAUCAGAUCAGUUCGAUUACUGAUGAUCUGAUACUGACUGAACUGGUUCCUAUCAUCAGCACAACCUGCUCAGCACUGCAACCCCCACAUGCUGCUCAAAUGGCCGCCCGGGUUGUGUCCCUUUUCCUGAACAGCGACACGUCUUUCCUACCAGAUAACACUUACUCAUCCAAAAUUAAUCUGCUGAAGUGCCAGUCGGGUGGUUGUACCCAGUCUAAGCUGGUGUGUUUACUCAUGGCCUCAGUUUGUUCACUUCCACGCCAUGUGGAGGUUCCAGAGGUUGACAGACUCCUGGCUGAGUUGGAGGAGCUGGUGUUCACAUGUACCCACCCGUUCUCCUUCACCUCUGCUGCUAAAUGCUUCUCUGGUCUCAUUAACAAACGAGCAGCAGGAGCAGAACUGGAUGACAGAGUGAAUAAAAGCUUUACCAGAAUCAGCUCAGAGUUGGACUGCAGAUCUUCAGCAUGUCGACUUCAAGCUUUCACUCUGCUUGUCUGGAUGGCGAAAGCUCUGCUGCUGCGGUACCAUCCACUAUCAACCAAACUCACCAACAAGCUCUUCUCAUUGCUGGAUGAUGAAGAUGGUGAGUUUGCCUCUCAGGCUGCAGACAGUUUUUCUCUUCUCAUGAGCGACUCUGCUGAUGUUCUGAAUCGUGAGAACCACGCAGAUGUCCGUCUGAUGUACCGCCAACGAUUCUUCACCGAGAACUCAAAUAAACUGGUACAGGGCUUCAACUCUGCACAGCCAGAGAGGAGAUCUACGUACCUGAAGGCUUUAUCACACAUGAUUAAUAACCUUCCUCGACAAGUGCAGCUCACUGAACUUCCCGAGUUGAUGCCGGUGCUGUUGGAGGCGCUCUCGUGUCCUGACGAAGCGGUGCAGCUCUCCACCCUCUCCUGCCUUCAGCCGUUACUGCUGGAACCCCCACCUGCUCUCACAAACCAGCUGGAGGCGCUCUUCGCCCGCCUGCUUGCCCUCACAGGCAGCUCCACUAUGAAGGUGAGAAUGUGCUCUCUGCGCUGCAUCCACGCCCUCUCUCACCUGCCCUCUCACCUGGUGUUGCCGUUCCGAACCCGGGUGCUGAGAGCUCUGGCUACACCACUAGAUGAUAAGAAGAGGCUGGUGAGGAAGGAAGCUGUAGCUGCUCGGGGUGAAUGGUUUUUGUUAGGAAGUCCUGGAGGAAAAUGAAGCAGCAGAAAUCUUUGUCUGAUAAACGUCCCGACCUGAGAGCAUCAGAUUUUACUGCAUGGUUCCGAUACAGCCCGUCCGAUCUCAACACCAGGUGACCUGAGAGCCGAAGGUCCUGAAGAUCUUGACGUGACUCAGUGAGAUGAAGAUCAGAGUGGGUUUCUGCUGGCAGAACCAUGUUUUCUGUGAUGCCGAUUAUUUAGAGAUUGUGAGUUGUUUCGUGGAACUACAUGAAAUAAUUACAUUAAUUUUAUUUUUAGUGAGUGAUUGUAUGAUUGAUUAAAAAAAUACUUCUGUUCAUCUCUUCAUCAGUUUUCACACCAGAAGUAUAAAAAUGUUACUAAGGCUGCAGUGCUGAUAAACUAAUUUGACUUUAUUUCAUUACGACGUUAAAAAACCUUGAGUUAAACCAACAGCUAAUAAGAUAUAAAAAAAAAAUAAUGUAAUAUUGAAAUGUGAAUAAAUCUUUUAUAAAUGUGUGAAAUAAACAGUAAU